AUGCGCUUCAUACACUGCACACUCUGGGUCACGGUGAAUAUCCGAACUUUAAAACUGUGUGCGUUCAUGCAGAAAAGCUCCCUCGGGCAAUUAGAUGUGUGUGGUCGAGCCCCUCUCAACAGCAAAAUUGUUGGAGGAGAGAAUGCGACAGCAGGGUCUUGGCUGUGGCAAGUCAGCAUUUAUGUCUUAGGCACAAGCCAUAACUGUGGCGGGACUCUGAUCACUAAAGACUGGGUUUUAUCUGCAGCUCACUGCUUCGAGGAAAUUGAUGUGUUUAAAGUUGUGAUGUACUUCGGGCGUUUGAACCAAUCUGGCUCAAACCCUCAUGAGACAUCCAAGAGAGCGAGUCGAAUCUUCAGACAUCCUAACUAUGACAAUGAGACUUUUGACAACGACAUAGCACUGGUCCAGCUCAACUCUUCUGUGACCUUCUCUGAUUACAUUAAGCCGGUCUGUCUGGCGGCGGCUGGUAGUGUAUUUUCUGCAGGUACAGAGAGCUGGGUCACUGGAUGGGGCACAUUACAGUCUGGAGGCCAGUCUCCUGAUACACUGCAGGAGGUGACGAUACCCAUUGUGAGCAACAGUGAUUGUGAUAAUGCUUAUGAAGAGAUCAGCAUCACAAGCAAUAUGAUUUGUGCUGGAUUGUUAAAUCAGGGAGGAAAAGGUUCAUGUCAGGGAGACUCUGGAGGUCCAAUGGUCAGUAAGAAAGACUCUCUGUGGAUUCAGUCCAGCAUUGUGAGUUUUGGUGCAGGAUGUGCUGAACCCAAAUAUCCCAGUGUGUUAGCCAGAGUCUCUCAGUACCAGAACUGGAUCAAGUCUUACAUGAGCAGCAGCCCACCUGGAUUUGUUGAAUUCAAUCCAACAUCCGACUCCAACAUCGGAUGCAUGCCCAACCUCCUCCUAUUUUCCCUUUCUCUCAUGUUCUCCAUCAUUCCUUUCACCUUCUCCCUCUAUCCCUCUUCCUAAAGAUUGAUUGAACAGAAACUCUUAGGGUUUUUUGAUGAAAUGAUGAAGUCUCUCACAAUAUGAGAAAUGUGAGAAAUGAGUAGUUUUAUUGUUAUUGUUUUUUACUAUCUGUGAUUCAGGUUGUUUGCAAAAUAGUAGAGAUAGACAGCUAUUGAUUGUCUUUAUGAUGAUACAGAUUAUAUUACAGCUUAUAUGUCUGACAACCAAUAUGCAUAACUCAUAUAGGGUCUGGAGCUCUGCAGUGUGAUCAUGGAUACUGGCUGUUGUAAGUAUAAUUAUCUUAAAUGUAUUACCAUGUUGUAGUCACACUGUCUAGACAGAAUAAACACAAAAGAAGGAACUGACCUUGGAAAUGUAUCAUACUGUCUUAAUAUUUUUGUGUAACCCCUGAUACAGUUUUUCAAGAUUCAAGUUUAAAAAUAUUUUGUCUUUACUGUCAGUUUUGAUCGAUUUAAUGCAUCCUCGCUGAA